GCGCAAAUACACCUUACGAGAGUUCGUGCAGUGCUCGAUAUCAAAGACACUAUAGAUUCGCUUCGGGCGAGCAGGCCCAGAACGACGUAGUGAACAUCACUACGCUCGCCGGCACAGGCGUUCUCUUCGCCGAGCGAGCCUGGGUUGGCCUCGGACCUCCGUUUCAGGCAUACGACAUCGCGCCCAGAGGGCCGUAGCGACAGCGGACGAACGUCCGCCGUCCACCUUCACACAACCCCCGUCCUGCGCGCUGGUCCGCUACCACGAACCCACCUACCUUUCGUGUCAGACGGAUAAAGACACGACGUAUCAGGUUCCGGCGGUGAACUGGCCCCGGAACGCUAUGGCGCCGGAUGACACGACGGGCCCUGCGAUCGUACCUUGUCUCUCUACGAAUGGCCGCAACACCCUUCGACUGCUGCCGGACGGGCGACGACACGCCAUGUGGGCUUUCGGCGGGCUUGACUCCCCCGUCGAUGCCACGCCGAGGUCGGUCGUGGCUUGCACCUGCGCAUCGCCGUUAGCUUCCCCUCCGUGCUACCGACAAAGUCACCACGUAUCGACUUCCGGCGAACUGGGGCGGGAGGUUGUCUUGCGUCGACGCGCCGUCAACUACUGCAAGCGAGUUACCUCGGCGAAAGGUCCUCGGUAUGCUCAAACGCCGCGCGCCCUGUUGUCAGACGGUCGACGCAUGCGGGCGGGCCGCGCACAGAGCCGGAUAGUGGGUGCGAAGCGUACGGAUGCACCUACGCGGGACACCACAGAAGAGCGGCGCGGGCACCUUGUCUCUCUGCGAAUCAUUGCCCGUCCUCGGCCACGUAUCGAGUUCCGGCGAGCAGAAACACGAGGGCGCGCUCGACGUUCAUGUCAAUGGCCAGGCAGACGCGACAUCCAGCCGCACGUCCCCGCCGUCCGAGCAGUGCAACCCCACCGAAGGAAUCACGACGUAUCGAUUUCCGGCGAACUGGGGAAGCGUGGCGUGCAGGCGCAGGGCGCGCGAGGAUGCUCUGUGAGAAUCCCGCGGCCGGUGCGUUGCGAACCGUUGCGGAGAGUAGCCCGUGGCUACCGACGCACGGAGCAUGUCCCGUCGGAGGGAUCGAGACCCGCGAGUGUCCCUGCGACCGCACGCCGUCUCCCUGCCAAUGACCGCCGCGCCUCCGCCGGACAAGUGAAGACACGACGUAUCGACGUCCGGUGAGCAGGCCCGCGAGGACGUGCUCGACUCGGAUGCCGCCUGUGAAUUGACGCAUGGCUCGCGUUCGCGGAUCGCCGUGCAACCGACGAAGUCACGACGGAUCAAGUAUUGGCGAGCUGGACGCACGGCCCUGAUGAGGU